AUGAGUCAACUUCCGCCCACGGGCCAAACCCCUAUCACUACCUUUUCGUCUUUUGAGGGCGCCCAACGUUUCGAACGUGACUUCUUCUCAACACUCCAGCCAUACACCAAUAUCUCCCACGCCAAUCAUCACAUCCAGCUUACCCGCACCAUUCUAUCUGCUGUUCUUGACACCAACGACAACCCUCACGUCAACAACACCGCCAUAUACUUAGGUACACACGCUGCAUUCUCUGAACUCGAUGCCAUAUCCGCUAUCACUGACCUCAACAACUCUCACAGGGCCAACACUGAUGCACAAUCCGACCUCGCCCGUAUUCGACGUGACCGCGCCAACUUAUCCACUAAUCUCGACACCAUCCGCAAUGCAUCUGCCAAACAUUCUGACUCCAUUGCUGCUCUCAACGCCGAUAUUGCACGCCUUCGUCACGAGCGCCAUACAAUCCUCACCGAAUGUAACACUGCUAAUACUGCCCGCGAUUUAGCUCGAGCUGACCACGACCAACACACCAUCGAACCCAACUCUCUAGCUAAUGACCUCGAUCACAUCCGCAACGAACGAGGCACGCUCAUCACUGAGCGCGAUCAGCUUGUCACCGAACUUGAUUGCAUUUGCUCCGAACGAGCUACCCUCAUCACUGAACGCACUCAGGCGCAAUCUAAUUACAAUGACAUCGUCCUCGAACGUGAUAACGUUCAUCGAGAUCUUACCCGCAUACAAGACAUCAAUACCAACACAACCACCGAACACACCACAUUGCAAAACGACCUCGCCCGUAUCCGUCAUGAACGUGACACAUACUUCGAGGAAUGUAAAAAUGCCCAAUUCAAACUCAUUCAAGCACAGGAACAAUCCACUACAUCCCCUGACACUCACCUUGAAGCUACCCACGCCGCACUCCGUAGAACUCCCGCCCUUGCUUAUUGCGCACUGACCGCAACGCACAACGUGCCAACCUCAUCCAACAACAACACGAACAUGCACGACUUCUACAGGAGGCCCUCACCGAAAACGAAGACCUCACCACUGCCGCCACACAGCUUCAUGACAAACUCGCCACCCUUUAAGCGGAAAUUGCUGCCUCUGAUCCCCAUAGCCUCCGUCAACAGCUACAAGUAG